UUUAGGCGGUCUAAUCCCUAAUUGACGCUACCGACUUCGGAGUUUUUUUUCUAGCCAGGUCGCUGGUCAGGGAUGACUGACCUCGAUCUUUAUAGUGAAAUUGUAGCUGAAGAUGAUGAAAAAAGACUGGAAUAUCUGUGCAGUUUAGAUGUGCCCGAACAUGUACGUUCUCUCCAAUCCCAAUCUUCAUUAUUGGAAGCGGAAGUUGAGGCACUGAAUGCACACGUCAGUCGUCUGGAAAAAGAACGCUUGGUUUUAAUUGCUAAAAAAGAUCAAAUUACAGACAACUUCUUCCGCUUGGGACUUGCUUGUCGCAGAGAGAUAGAGAAGCUAAAGUCACAAAUCAAAUUACUUUGCACGAAAUAUAGGGUUCCGGAGCCAAAAGCUGUUAGCCAAAAGAAUUUGAAUUGUGAUACCCAAAUAAACCCCGAGAAGCAGAAUUACUACACGGAUCUAGUAGCAUAUUUACAUUCUGAUCGUCCACCUAUCAAUAUAUACUCUGGUAACAAUAUGCCGAAUAGGAAUCUUAAUGUUGUUUCAAAGUGCGAUGCAGUUACACAGACUGAACAUGUUAAAAAAUAUAAUUCACAUUCAUCUGGGUCUUCUUUCGGUUCACAGUCAUCACGUUCAGUGUCUUCAAGCUCAUCAUCAUCAUCUACGUCAUCUUCCAGUUCUACUAGUCAGGACCAACCUACGUCUCAAACUGGUUUAAUGAAUAAUGGACUCUCACAUAGCUUUCUAGACCCAUCUGUAGAUGGUAAAUCGUUACUAUCACAUUCACUAUCUGUAGUUGAUGUGGGUGGAAAGAAUCUAGAGAAUUGUGGAUGCCGUGACUCAAUUAAACAUGGAGUGUAUGAGAAAUCCUGUGAACUCAAGCAAAAUAGUGCUUUAUCUGGAAGUUCACGUGUCAAUAAACGGCUAAAUCGCUCUAAUAAGAAAUCCGGAGAUAAAAGUAUACCAGCUUAUAAUGCAGAUAAACAACUUCCUAUUGCUGACGAAUGUAGGCGCAAAUAUACUAAAACAAUUCAUGGGCAGUUCUUUUCUAAAUCUCAUUGCUUUCAUCAAAGGAAACAAAAAGAUGAUGAAGUUGCAAGUAAUCCAGGAAGAAAAACAGACACAUCAUCAGAAAGCAGAAUUUUAUCAAUGCGAGGAGUCAGAAAAUUUUCAUCGCCUCUAAACAAUAGUAUAAACAAACACCCUUCUGUUCGAAGUUCUACUUCAAAGGACUUUAGAAUGGUUCAACAUGUUUCUCCUUCCUUACCUAGACUCACUCAAAGUACUGGUCCAGAUUCAUCUUCCAGAGGUCAUGUUCCAAAUCAUCUCCUGAAAGCUGUAGAAGGCGCCAUACGAUUAUCUCGAGAUCACCAUGCAGUUCGCAGACAACAUAAUGCAGCCAAUUCUAUCCACCGUGAUCGAUAUUCAAAACACUUACACCGUAACUAUCAAACUCAUACUGAAAUAUCUCGUUUGGAAAGUGGUGAUUGCUCAAGCGAACCCGAAAAACGAACUAGGGAAGCUAGCUGUACACUGUUCACAAGACGUCUACGUUGUAAAGGUGAUAGUACAAAUAUGAUCGUCGAGUCAACCUCUCGAGAACCGAAUGAUUCAGGUCACAAACCAGAUAAAGAAAGUGAUCAGUUAACUUCUAAUGAGAAUUCUACACCUAAUGCUUUAAUUCCUGAUUCAUCAAACACUGUUGGUGAUAUUCACCUCCUUAGAGAUUAUUCGGCUCAGGAAAUCGUCCAUGACUCUAAUGAACAUGUAACAAACUCUAUCAACCCGUCUGAUCAAUCUUCAAAUCAGUUCUUGUCAAAAAACGCUUCAUUCUCCUCUGUAGAAAACAAAAUUGGCGAAUUAGUUAUUCCAGAAGUUUUGGGGCUUACUCCACCUAUUUCUCAUGAUCAGGACUGUGUUGAAGAUAAAACUGCUUCACCUCUCACAAGAAAAAUACCGAUUCACCCAGAAGAUUCAUUUGCCCAUACUAGUAGCAAUAACAGCCGGUCACUCUGUACAAGUUGUCAUUCACAUUCUAGAUCGGACCAUUCUUUAACAGAGUCAGACCACUCCGAAACCUGUGGUGGAGGGAUAGAAAACCAAGAAGAGGGUGAAGUUGCUGAUGACGUAGACGAUGACGAUGACACAGAGGUGUUCAAUUCUUCACCUUAUGCAGCUCAUACACGCAAAAGAUGUUGGUCUCGUCCAUCACCUACCAGUUGUAAAACUCCAAAAAUUUCCUCAGAUUUACAUGUUAUUGAGUCCACAAACGUUUCGAUCUCUGAAAAUUCAAAAAAUAUUUCACCAUACCCAAAUAUUGAACAGCGGAGAUGGAGUAGAUGUUCACAACAUUAUGAAAAAGAUGGUUCCAAGAACUCUAGUUCUGGUUUUAUGGAUUUGACUUUACGAGCAUCUCCCGGAUACGAGAUAACGACUCUGUCUGAGUUUGGAUUGAUUGGUUUCCUGUCAGAAGAUUCAUACAUGAAAGUAGAAUACAUAACUAAUAAAGAUUAGGCGCCCGCGACCGAAGGUCUUAUGUUCGAUUCUUUGUGGUGUUGUGGAUUCGCACCGCUGAAGUCCUAUACUAAGACAAAACGGCUAUUUAGUUUUCCGGGUUUUUAAUAGUAGACUAACUUAGGUCGGUUCACGAUUUCAAUGAAAUACAACAAUCUCCACAACCUCAUCCUAAAAAGGUCUUUUUGUUGAAAACCCUAACAAAAUGCUGAGUCUUCAGGAUGCCUCAAGUAACAAUUCAAUGAUGCACUUUUCUUUAAAAGAAAAGUGUUGUUUCAAGUCUAUCCUCCGUUAUUCCCUUGACUGAUGAUAAGAGGGGAAGUAGCGAAGCGCGUUUAUCACUUGCAUUGGAAAUCUCAUCACCCUUGAUGGAUUAUUUGCUGACGAAACCUCAGCAUGGAAUCAGGAAACCCGGUUGGUUCCUACAAACCUACUAUACUUGUGGCGUUGGCGAUGCAUCCGUGCUCCAACUAGAGGACGCGUGUACUUCUCAGAAACUCGUUCUUUUCUGCCUCAUAUCUUUGAAACGUAGGUUACUGGUAUUCGACCAUAGACGCCGUCGAAUCAUUCCUCUCGUAUGUUGGGGCCACUGAGCAUGAGAUUACUGAAGUUAUGUGAAAGUGACAAGUCGGUUGAUGCAACUGGAAAUCUCCAUCGACUAAGGUGUUGAAGACACGUACUAAGUAAGUCCAAAAACCGCCUACCACAAGGCGCGAUGAUGGUUUGUGUAGAAAUAUAUUGAAAUAUGUUUAGGAGCUGCCAAACCGAAAUAUGGCAUCAAUUCAUGUGGUCAUUGACUGUUGGAUUGAGAUAUCUAGGCAGAUACUGAUUACCUGGUUGGUCAGUAGUUGAGGACAUAAGACAACGUGAUUUGUAAGCGGUCUCAAUGCCUUGAGCUUCAUAGUAAUUUAUUUUUAUUCGUUUUAUUCAAUCGUUUCUUUUCGAAAUAUAUUCUCAAUACUUAAUCUUCGUCACCAUUAUUGAUAUUGCUAUUAUUUGGACUUCUGGUUUUUAUCUUGCUGAGUUGAUUUUCUCUUAUCAAACUCAGUAUAGCGACUUCGGCUGGCGCAUGUUUGUCUUAUAUUGUAUGUUUAUUAUGACUGACAUGAAUAUUCUAAACAAUGGAAUAAGGGUCUUGCCACAAGAAACAUUUUAAAUCAGAUUAGAUCAGCGUAUCCUUAAUUUUGUAAACAAACUUGUUUGAAUUCAAUUUAUUUAUAUGGUUUUCUUAACCCCAUAUUUUCAAUAACACACUUUUUGGUCCCUGAUUGUAUGAAUUUCAAAUAAGCAGAUAUUAAAUGACAGUAACUCAUACAUAUUAGUAAUUUUUUUCCUUCAUAUUUAUGAACUUAGCUAAAUUUCCAUAUUACGUUUCCGCUGUAGUUACUCGAAACGUAUGAUGUUAAACGUUAUAUGAUAUUUAGUUUGUUUAACGAAACUGAAUGUCAUUACUGUGUAUCUGCUAGUCCACCAUUCUGUGUUCUUUCAGUAGGUUGGUUAUAUGACCAGUCUUCAUAUUAAUACUUCUCCACCUUGUAGCCUAAAUUUUAAUUCAUACAACAUACUGGGAUACGUGUGUUAUAAGGAUACAUACACAAGGGUGUAGUCGUAGGGUUUCACGAUGUUACAAAUACUGUGGUGUGUGCUACUUAUAUUGACAUAAGUAGUAUAUGGUGUUAGUCAGGAACAGAAGGUCUGGCAGCAGAGAGACAAGAGGAUCGAAAAGUAAAGAAUGGAAACAAGAUGCAAUUAGUAUGAAAAUGCAAGAACAAUAAAGUCUGAGUCAUUUUGAGACAAUCGAUGGACAUUUUGCAAAUUAAGCAUUUACUUGAUGAUUGUUAGAUUUUAUUAACAAGUCCUGUAAUUUUCUAUUAAGUACAUUCGAUUGUCCCCUCUCGUGUUCUGUUCACCACAAUACGAACUCACUAAAAUAUGAGUGUCAUGUGUUUGAUCAUUCUCAUAGUAUUGAAUAUUCUAUUUUCUGUAGUAUGUAAUAUACUGUCUGCAGAAUAUUAUUUAGUUUUAUGACAUAGAUGAUUGUGACAGCUUAUAUUACACUUAUUUCAACUCUUGUUGGAGCAAAUAUGGCAAUUUAGCUACAAAUAUUAUUUUCUUGUAAGAAUUGUUAUUGUUCGUUCAGCAUCCGAUGUCAUUUUGAAGUAACCAUGUUUAGGAAACGUCACUGAUAGCAUUUCUUACGAUCAUAGUUACGUCAUAAUACCCGUUCAUCAUAUGCUCAAUCGGACAGCCAUCAGAUGGUACUUACUGUUGCACAGAAGCUGAGUAGCUUUUCCAGACUCAUCCGUUCAAGCAGACUAUAAAAAUGGCAAAAUACCAUUUUGUGUAUAGCGAGACGGACACAGUUUGACAGUCAUUUCUAUUGUGCUUUUUGUAAUACUAGAGGACAAUGGCGGUUUGUAUAUAAUAUGAUUUGGAUGUAAUGUUUUUACACUUAGGAUUUAUCAUAACAUGGUUGAUUCGACAUUAAAAGUAUAAAUUUACACCAGCACAAUCACGGACUACUGAGUUAUACUAUACUUUAUUGAUGUAUCUUGGAAUUGUCGAAACGCAAAACGAACUUUGGUUUGUCGGAUUAGAUUUGAUUACUAGCAAAAAUCAGUAAAUAUAUAGUUAUUUUCUCAUCCAAAAGUUUUAAAAAGGCCACACAUGACCUUUGUAUGUAAUGGUCAAUUGUGUUUAAUGGAAGUGUAAUAGUUUUAAACCUAUCAGUGCUUUUGUUGUUUUUACUUUAAGAAGACCAACACCCCUCCAAUCCA